GGGACUCCAUCAUUUAGAGAAGUGAACAGUUCCUGGUUUACCAGUGAAGAAGAAAGAGAGGCAGCGUUAAACCAUCAGAUCCUCCAACAUGAACGUCUGUCAGUCUCUGAUCUGCUUCUUCUUCCUCACACUGCAGGAUGGAAACAUUGGUCUCAUCAAUGCAGAAAUCAUCGAGAGUACAGGAACUGAAGGAGGAAACAUCACAGUUAGAUGCUCCUUCACUUUCUCUGGAAGGAGGAGAAUCUUCUGUAAGGACCAAUGUAAAGAAGGAGACAUUCUCAUUGACACAGAAGAGGACACAGCACAGAGAGGCAGAUACAGCAUUAAAUGUAUAGAAGGAGGUUUUCCAGUAUCUAAAAUAAUUCUGUAUGUGAGCAUCAGAAACCUGACUCAGUCUGACUCAGGACGGUACAGAUGUGGUUUGGUCAGAGAUUCAUUCUCAUCAUCAUACCAGGAGAUUGAGAUCCGAGUUACAGAUGAUCUCCCCCUGGUUUUGGGUGUGUGUGUCCCUGUGGUGGUGGUGGUGGCGGUGCUGGCUGCUGUUCUGCUGUUCUUCUACAAAAAGAGGACUAAGCACUCUGAUGAUUCCAACCAGAGAGGAAACACAGACAUCACCAGGACUGAGAUUGACCUCUAUGAGAACUGCCUCCACUCUCCACCAGCACGAGAAUCACUCCUACAGAGUCUGGAUCCAGCCUCCAGGGAUCCAGACUACUCUACUCUCUUGGAUACAACAACCAUGAUGAUGUCAGCAAGAGUGGGUGCGUGA